GAUCAGCAGGGUCUCGUCGCGCUGGGCACGCCGCUCGGAACCGAUGCCUUUGUGCAGUGCCAGCUCCGCAUCAAACGUGCUGCCCAAGACCGGCUCCUGGAGCGCAUCCCGCAUGAAUACGCCGCUGCUCACGACACAGCUGUCGCUCGGUGCCUGGCCCAGCUUCUCGGCUAUGCGGACGCCCCGCUGCCGGAAGAGGCCACGAGAGCAGCCCAGCUCGCGGCGCGGCUUGGGGGACUUGGCUUGCGUUGCGCGAGGGCCGAUCGUCAUGCGGCACAUUGGGCCUCCUGGUGCGACGCGCUCCCUGUUGUUCGUGACCGAGCGCCUCAGGUCGCGCAUGCAGGCAUUGCGCGCCCCUGAGGCCGAGCAGACUCCUGCAUUGCGAGCCGCGCAGCAUGCAGCAAUUUACCUACGUGCGCAAGGCUUUGAAGUCCCAGCCUGGGAAACCGCCGCUGGCUUGGCUGG